CAAACUUAUUUCAUUUUUAAAAACUUUUUGUUUUACAACUAUCAGAAGUUUAUGAACUUAUUAUUAAUUACUCUCCUUUGCAUAUAGAGAACUCAGAAGUACAUAGCAGGACACAAAAAAGAUUUAUGGCUAACUCAUUGUCAGGACACAUGUCUCUAGAAAAUUGCAAAGUUUCAUUUCUUAAGUGAUUAAAUCUGUUAUCCACAUACAGAUCUCAGCAUUUUAAAUGAUUUUUGUCAUAUAUUCAGAAAUCUAAAACAGCCUUGUAAUGUAUGGUAUUGACAAAGCAUAGUCAAAUCUGAUGCACUUAAGGUAAAGCCUAAACAGCUUGUCAGUUCAGUUUGCCAACAUUUAAACAUUUGCUACAGAAAACUACAUAUAAAGAAGUCAUUGAAACAAUUCUGAGGUUAAUCUAGAUCUGUUAUAAAGGAAAAAAGGAAUUCAUGUUCAGAACGGAAGAUAAUUUCCGGAAAGCAAGGCAUUAUUUUAUUUCAACUACUUUUAUGGACUCUCCAUGGCUUUUGGCAGUGGCAGCUGUUCAGAGGCCCGUGUGGCCCCAGUAGUGGGUCUUCAUUCCAAUAUUCCCCUAUAUCCAAGAAUUACCACUACAAUUGACUUUUCAGUGGUUGUGUUGUUACAGUAAGAAAAUGUUGAAUAUUUUGAGCAUUCAUCAUAAACAUUAACCUUUUAAAAAUACAUGAAUCAUGACACUGCUUCAUAAAAAAGGCUUUUCUGUCCUUAAUAUGAUUCAGCAAUAGUUGUAUUGAAAGUAUUGAAAACUGCAAUUUGAGCUUUGUUAUAGACAAAUGCUACUUGGAAAUUCUUAUAAAAGUAUCUAAUACAAUAUGUACAUAGAUUAUUUCAAGGACAGGUCAUUUGUAUUUUUAUUUCAUCAGUGAACACAUAAGCAACUAAGGUUUCUACAUCAUCUACUCAAAUACAACUCAACUUGAAAUACCAGUUCCUACAAGUAAAAGAGGACUGCAGAAAAUAUGGGGGAAAAUCAUUGUUUUUUGAAGACCUGUAUUUCAUGGUAUCCAGACGAGAGGGUUUUAUAUAUCGGAUAUAAUAAGUCACAUUUAAAUAACUUGAUGGGUUUAAUAUCAAAGAAUUUUGUUACUUCAGAAAAAGUGGAAAUGAAAAGUUAUAUGAAAAUUCUAGAAAGAGAUUUAUUUUGAUUUUUUAGUGGAUAUUUUACAUCUUUCUAAUUAUAAAUUGUUAAUUAAGACUCUUAAAAACCAUUUUGGGUUAAAUUUUACAUAGUUUGUAAGAUUUGCAUUGUUGCUAGCUGUUUGACCUUUUUAAUAUAUCCUACAGUAUCAUCCCUGUAACAGGGUUAGUUUGGUUAACAUGACACACUUCUGCAAUAAAUAUCUUUUUCAGUACUAUAAAAAUAGAUAAUUGCCAUUAUUUAAGUGAGGCAUGUUCACCCCUACUUUUCCACGGACCUCUCAAUUCAAACAUGACCUAACAUGGGUUAACAGAUACUUGCGUCUCCCUCAAACAAAGACAUUACUUUUAUUUAAUCACAUAUAUAUAUAUCAACCACAUCAAAAUGUCUUUAUAAAGUUAUAUCAAAUCAAGUUUUUGUAGGAAUAACAAAUACCUGGCCAAAUGCUGUGAGUUCUCGGAAAAAUAUUGGGAAUGAUCUUAUUCAAAGAAGCAUGUGUUAAACCAGCAAAAAGAUUAUGGUAAUACUGAUGUAUGUUGUCAGUUAGCUUGUUUUGAAUUUAUCAAGGAAGAUGUUAUAAGUUAUUUUAUUUUGAAAUAUGUAUACAUUUGAAAUUCUGAAAAAAAAAUCUUUGUUCCUGAGGGUCAUCCCAUUGGACUUCAGAUUCAGUAAUGGAAACAGUUCAAGUUUGAUGGUCAAUUGCGAUUGUUUUUCAUCAUUUUCAAUAAAUCAAUAUGUUCCUUAAACUUUAUUUGCGUACAAAAUCCCUCUUUGAAAGAUUUCGAACACAUACCAUUUAACCAACAGAAAACAUAUCUCAAACAAAACUAUUUCAACAAUGAAGGAAAAUUUAUUUUUGGAUAGUUAUUGUUUUAAACGUGUUUUUAGUCUGUACCACUUGUUGUGGUGUUUAGUUUUUCGAGGUCAUAACAAAAUAUUCAGCUGAAUGAUCAAUGCAUAUUCACCUAUCUUGAAACUCCUCGUGAACAAAUAAAAGGAAAUUAAGAAAUUUAGAAUAAAGUUUGUAUAAGAACACAACCAGGCUACAAAAAUUACAUGAACUGUGUCACGAAGAACAAAAAUUCACCACCAGCAGCAGUAGGGGAUAACAGAGUCCACUGGUUGGAAACCUGGCUUCACUGUCUACCAAUACUCUUUUUGGUUUUAUUCAAGCAUAUAUAAUGUAUUGAGGAGGAUCUAUACCAAUAGGUUUUCUCCUGAAACCUGAGGAAUCAACUACAACAUUUUAUGAAGUACAACAAAGGAAUUAACUCAGAGAUUUUUUAUCUUAUCUUAUCCACAAUUAUACAGUUUUUGUUACUAAAAUAUAGACAUAAAUGAAGAAAUAUUUGCAUAUAUCCGAUUAAUAUCUCGACCACUCGGUAACUAGAAUAAAAUGAUGAAUCAAAGAAAUUGAUAUUCUUCAAAAUUUGAAUGAAAGUCAAGAAACCAGAGUGGCAAAAACUAUUAAUUGUGAACCUAAAUCUAAACAUUGAUUGAAAUGCAAGAAAACAAUUACACUGUACUUUAUAAAAAAAAAAACUGUUGAGCUGGUGAUAUGUAAUAUUGUAGUAAACAUCUUUGAUGAAAUCAGGCAUUCAGAUAUUUUAAAGAGCACAUACACGUCACAUAUAUUUUUGAGAAUUUUUGCCCUGCUUGGAUAAAUUGAAUGCCAGUGCCCUGAUGCAGACAGCACCGACUUUGAUAGCAGCUUGUUGAUGGAAGUCAUAUUUUUUAUCGGUAAGAUAUUUUUGUUUGAGAUGUUUACAGUUUGUAUAAGAAUAUUGUUGCAACAUUUUAGCUUAUGAAAAGGACUUCAAAAAUAAAUAAUUUAUUUUUGUCAUUAAAAGUCUUUGUAUCAAAUUAAAUAUUGAAAGUUUUAACAAAUUUUACUCUGAUUUUCAAGACCUAUAAAAAGACUGAUGUCUUCAAGAUAAGUCUUUUCUGUAACUUUUAUAUAUUUCAUUAAUUUAAAUAUUAAUUGUGAGAUAAGAAUUGGUGCUACACUCUUUGAUAAGUAAGUACUGUGGUAGAUCCAUGUAUCUUCAUAUCAACAUUCAAUUUUUUAAGGAUGACACAUGAAACCAUCAAUAUAUCAUGUUUAUUUUAACAUUGUGUGAUGACUUGUUUUUAUUUCUGCAUGCAUAUUGUAUUAGUCUUUUCUAAGUAAUUGUUUCUUGUGCAAAUAUAAGAUUUUCUAUAUUUGUACAUGUUUUUUGCCAGAUUGAUUUUUAAGUGUCUUGUUUUGGCAAAAUGCAUUACACAUUAUGUGUUGACUUGUGUAUAAAAACAUUGUUACUGCAGUUCAUGUUUCUUUAUAAACUUGUAUCAUGAUCAGUUGUUCAACAAAAAUUGUUUUGUCACCUUGCUCAAAGUGAAAAUACUUACUAACAUCUUAUAAUUAAACAUGAAGAUUUAGGCCUUUAUUUUUCACGACUUUCAUCCUUUUUUCCCCUUUUUCACAAAAAACUCCAUCCAUGCAGAUGAUUCAGGCCCUUUUGGCCUUUUGUUUUAAAUACAGUUGAAAGAGAUAAUAAUAAUAUUUUAGAGCCUCUUGGUAUCAACAUUCCUUUGUCAUCCAAAAAUUAGCAAACUAUUUCAAUGCCUUGUUGUGAAGACGUCUAGUCAAUUAUCAAUACCUCUUAGGACGCAGUGGUUUCUAAAAACAGUUUUCAUAAAUGGUUAUGUAGUAUACGUACCAUAUUUAUCCACAAGUAAUCCUCUGCCCACAAAACUCCCCUUUCUUCAUUAUUACAGAAUCGUCAACUUUAAAAGCCUCUAUGUUGAUAAGAUAUAAAACUUUUGUUAUCAAGUUAAACUUCAUAAUCCCCCAUUUGGGUUUAUCUUCAUUUAUUUUCCUUCAAAUCAGUUAGGGUGCCGAGCUACAUCCAAGAUGAUAAACAGAAAACCAUGGGUUUUUUAUUAAAUGCGGAGAAGUUUCACUGAAAAUUCGUGGCAUCUUUUCACAUUAAACCUAUCUUUAAUUUGAGUCUAACAGGCUCCCGUUUACUCAAGUUGUAGAUGAUGUGCUUUUUCCCACUCCAUUUCAUAACAAUGCUUAGUUACAGAAACCACUACCUCUGAUCAACUUUGGGCUUUUGAUGCAUGGCUUUGAUCAGCAGUCCUGAACAAACCAGUGUGCCCAUGCAUCUAUGACUUAUUUUCCAUGUCUCAAGAUCUCUGAUGCCAAAACCUUGUAGUGAAGUUUUUAGGCGUUCCUUGUUUUAAAUCUGAUUGCGAGACAAUGGACAGGCAUAGUUGAUGUAAUCUUUCAACUUCAUUUUCAUUGGGUUAAAUCUUGACUUAAGUAUUUUGUUAAUACAUGAUUAUGAAUAACAAGGCCAUUACAAAUGAAUGUUGUGACAUCAUAAUAAAUAUGACGUCUCAUCAUUGUUGGGUAGACAUAAACAUCCCAUACUAGCUGGAUUUCCCCUGUCUUAUACAAACAAGAAUUGAAAGUUUUUUUGCUUAUACUCUCAUAAAUAGUAUUAUGUGAUAAAUAACAUGUUACACUCUUGGCUAUGUCAUAUGAAAUUUUAAAUAUUGAACAUUGGAUUAUUUUGAAUGUCUCUUUAGUUUGUAGUCAUGACAUUCCCCAUUAUUUUGAAGGUCUCUUUGUAUCAUGACAUUGCCCAUUAUUUUUAAUAUGAAAAGAUUUACUGCCACCAGUACAAACCAGCUUAUUCAUUUACAUAAUUAAUUUACUCAUAAGAGGCUCUAAACUGUUUAAUUAUCUAUUUUUGCUUUCUCUAAUUACAUACACAGUCAAAAAUUUUGUCUUUUGAUGACAUAAUUUCAAGUAUAUUUGUUCUAGGUAGGAAAACAAUGAUUGUUUAAACGCCAUCAUUUACCCAUUUUACAUAUCUACAUUUUGUUUGAAACCCUAUUUUUCAAUCCUUUUGAAGGCAUAAUUUUUGCUUUGCUGUUGUUACAUACAACUUUGCCAUUUUGGAACCAACAAAGAAGAAGGUUAUUUUUGUACAAACCUCUAGAAAGUAUGUAAACGAACGUAAGUAUAAAUUUGACUUUAUUUUUAUUGUUUUAAAUCCGGAUUCACGGGAUGGCAAUUGGUUUCAGGACCUCAUUUCCGGUUCGAGUUUCUUAAGCGCCAUCUUGUCCAUUUUUGCGGCCCCAAAUUUAUUCUUUUAUUUUAACACCGUCACUUUUGCAGUAACUAUGCCAGGAACGAUCUUCGUAGCAUUUUGAAAUGUCUGCUGAUGACAUCACCGACAUCCACAUUUGUGGUGCAUGUCGGACAGAGUUCCAUAAUGUGGAUCUCUUCCUGCUACACAAGAGGCUCUCGUGUCCUGCUGUACUACAGUCAGCCGUGACUGGCACUGUACCCAGUCAUAAAGAUGGAGUAGCUGGAGACAACCAACAACAGAUUCCUGUAUCUAAAGAUAACUGUUCAAUGGUAACAACAUCUCUUGGUGCAAACAUGGGUAUCCAAGUUCAAUCUUCAGGCCUAGCAGUAGUUCAGGGACUCCAUAUGGGAACAUCACACCCUGGCGAGCGUGAAGGUGUCAGGUCAACCUUCAUGAUCACCCCACCACAGGGUCAUGAAUACAUACAAACCAAUCAGAGGCCAGCACUCAUCCAAACAAACAAUCAAAACAAAUCGGAGUCUCAGAUUAUCUUGACAGAAAAGGGAGAGCUACUUGUUGUACAGACAACGCCACCUGAUGGUACAGAACCGAACGAGACUGAAAUGAACCAACACGGCCAAGCUAUGCUGAACUUCAUACAGUAUAUCCGUGCUAAUGGUGGUGGCACUACAAAUAUUGCAGGUCCCAUCCUUCCUAAUCUUGUUCCUACAACAGAGGGAAUGGCCCACCCUUCUAGUGCCCCCAUAGUACAACUCAGACAGAAUGGCUCGGUGUCUAUCGUGUCAACUCCAGAGAGCCAACCUUUAACAGUAUGUCCAUCUGAUCUGCAUAAUGGCAACUUAGUUGAUCAGACCACUCAAAGACACUUGAUUGAAAAUUCCCCGCAAGUGACUUUUGACCAAGAAAGUCGGUUAGAUGGAAAUGACCCUAUCAUUCGUCCUGUGGUACAAGCACAAGAUUUGGCACAGCAGGCUGCCAGACUAUCCGGAGUGGUAGAAAGUGAUCUCCAGAGUGUUCCCAUGGAGACCAACACUCAACAGAGUGACCUUGACACUGUGCAAUACUCCGUCAAUGUUGUGAACAUAAAUCAGUCUGCUAACACUGAGGGCGUUGGACAGAUACUCCAGAUACCAGAAUCAAAUAUCCAGGAGGAAAACAUUGUCUUUUCUGACAACUUAGGACAGCCUCUAUCAGAGAGUCACAAGUUUGGAAAGUUUAGUGGGAAAACUGUGAUUGCAAGGGGAGCAAAAACACAUUGCUCUUCCAGCAAGAAUUCAUCCAAAUCUUCCUCUACGACUAAACCAACAGGGUCUCCAAAUAAAUCUCCAGGAACUGCACACAAGGUCCGAACUCCACCAGUGAAGAAGUUCAAAUGUCAUUAUGAUGAUAAGUGUACCUUUUCUUCGGCAUAUUUGAAAGAUCUUGAACGACACUUCAGGACACACACGGGAGAGAAACCAUUUUCUUGUAAAUAUUGUGACCGGUCCUUCAGUAGGGUGGACAAGCUUCACCUUCACAUGAGGGCUCAUACUGGAGACAAACCCUACAAAUGCAAAUUUUGUAACUACAGUGCUGUGGACAACAGCAGUCUACGUAAACAUGCAAUAGUCCACACUGAUGAAAGACCUCACAAAUGUCAGGUUUGUCCCUAUGCAUGCCGUACAGCCAGUCAGCUGACAGUCCACUUACGUACACACACUGGUGACAGUCCGUUUCCGUGUCCAUUCUGUCCCGCCAAGUUCAAGAUCAAGUCAGACCUGCGGCGCCACUUGAGGGUACACACAGGCGAGAAGCCAUACCAGUGUGAUAAGUGUGAUGCCAAGUGUGCCACAAAAGGGAACCUGGCCAGUCAUAACCGUGUACAUCACUCCACAGAGAAUCAGAUGAAGUGUACCGUAUGUGAUUUCUCCACCUCGUCCAAGCGAAGUUAUAAAGAACACAUUAAAGGUCAUGAACCUGAUGACCCAGAUUGUGUUUGCCACGUGUGUCAAUACAAAUGUUCCAACAGAGAGGUGCUCCGCAGUCAUCUUUCCCGACACGAGAAGGAGAAAAGUUACAGCUGCAUGCAUUGUUAUUUUUCAACCAAUCACAAGGCUAACCUGACCCUCCAUAUAAAACGUAGACAUAUGCAAAUUGAGCCAAAAGUCGUAAACACCAAGGGUAGGCGGACAAAGUCAUCAGAGGUGAAGGUUUCUGGUUCAUCGGGAAAAUUUUCAAAGUCAUUCACCUGUCAUCUAUGUCCUGAAUCCUUUGUGAGGAAAGAUUCCUUACGGAGUCAUAUUCGGUUACAUGAAGAAAUGGCUAACUCGACACUCACCACAGCUUUGACUGUGUUGAAGUUACAGCAGCCUGUUAUAAACGUUUCCUCCUCUGGUAGUCACAACAGAGUUGCUCCUGUUAGUGAUGAAGGAAUAGUGGAUGGAAGUUCUGACAUGGAUCCCAAAGGUCAAGAGCAGGUAAUGAUGCAUUAUGGGACUGAUUCUGCACCCAUAACAUCUGCAAGUAGUGCUAAUGAUCGAGAGGAAAAUGGGAGAUACGUGGAUGGAGCUUGUCAUGGUCAAUCUCAAUCACAGUCAAGGGAAGGACAUUCUGAGGUUACACAAGAACUUGUUCAAGGACAGGACAGACUGGAAUACCAUAGGGAGGAACUGCAAAACCAGAACAUGGACAUAAUGAACCUGCAAGCACCAGAACUAAGUCAGAUUGUAUCUUCAGGUUACAAUACAUCUACUCAGAGGGUGCAAACUUCUCCGGAUUCAACAGUGAUUACGUUAGACAUGAGGACCUUGUCAUCCGAUGAUAUCACCAUUGUAGAACCUCAAGGUAUAGCAGAAGCGCGGAAGAUGUUACUUCAUAAACAGGUCCUCGGUCAACAACAGAUAAGGGUCAUACAGGAUAAAGAGGAUGAUUUGUCAAAUCAGCAAAUGUAUAGACAGUUGAGUGUAUCUGACCCUGAUGUACCAUGUGAUGUGCAAAUAAGAAGUUCAUCUGGAACAACCAACACAUAUUACCCCAAUAGCCAUAUCACUAAAAGAGAGGCAAUUGAGAGACGAGACUGUGGUUCAGACAGUGAUGGCUACAGGAGAGAGAUGUAUACUGGUUCAGUUACUAGUGGAAAUUUAUUGGAGACUGAAAAUCCUCGAUGUGUCUUACAGAAUGUAAUGGAGUGUCCUGAGACCUCAGUGUCUGACCGUGUCCAGUUUCAAACCCAGACAAUUCCAAGUAUACAGCUUGUCCAGAACAUAUCCUUUCCUGUCAUUCGUCAUCCCGCUGGCUUGAUCAUCCCUUCAGUUAACGGGCAAUCUCUUAAUCAGCUUGUUGGAGGAACCAUUCACCCAGGGGACAUAACCACCCUGCCACAGGGAGAAAUAACUACCCUAACACCAGGAGAUGUAACUACAAUUCAACGAAGAGACUCAACCACUUUGCCACAAAGCAUACAUUCUUUUCAACAAAAAGGCACUUUACAGAAUGAGGGAAUACACACUUUGCAGCAAGGGGACAUAACUGUUAUUCAACAAAGGGGUAUAACUACCCUUCAGCAGACUGAAGGAACCAAUCCUCUGUCUCUUAAUGCCCAGUUACAGGAUGGUGAUACACACUUGAAUUUACCGAUACAAAUUUUGCCUCAACAAACUGGCAGUCAGAGUUUCCAGAUGAUAGGAGGUGUCUCACAGCUAAUGAAUACAGCAUCAACCAGUGUUCAGCUUGUCUUACCCACAACUGUUGACAACAGCAGUGCAACUGGUCAGAAAGUUGUGGCCACUUCUAUUAGGCAGAUAGAAAAUCCAGUUCAAUCUAAUACAAUGUGUGGCAUUCCACAUGAGCUGUCUUCUAGUAUAAGAGGUCAUGAGUUGAAUGUCAGUAGUAGUCAACUGUCCGAGGUAGAUACAGGACAAGUCACAAUGGCUUCAAACCAGACACAAGUAGGGAGCUGUGUAGAUGAUGUGAAGGGUUUGAUGGGUCAGAAGGUCAACAGUCUAAACAAGAGGGUUAUCAUUCCCAUGUCAGUACCACAGACAGGUGGUCUUAUCAUAAACUCACCUGUAGAAUCACACGCCCUAACGACAGGGAAAUCCUGUCCCCACCAUGCCUUUGGUAUCGCAAACAGCAAACGUCCCUACAUCGACUGUGGUAACACAGAUGUUACAGGCGGGAGGUCCUGUCCAGACUUCGUCUGUGGUAUCAAAGACGCUUCAGACAGGAAACCUAUACCCAAGCUUGUCUACUGUUCCACAGAUGUUAUCAACAAGAAGCCUAGUUAGCAUUUCAUCUGUUGUACAACAAGGACUACCGACAGGAAAUCAAGUUCCCCUAUCGCCGGUGGAAUCACAAACAGUUAGCCUUGUCCCUGUAUGUACUGGUACCUCUCCUGUGGUAUCUCAGACAGAAAGCCAAGUCUCCCCAGUAAACGGUAACCAGGACCUUGUAUCAAUACCAGUGAAUUUCAUCAGAGUACCACAGAUAGAAACAACUCCAGCAUUACCAGACCAGCGUACGAAAGCAUCGAGACGUCCUAGGAAUUGACUUGUUGUUGAGGAUGACAAGUACUUGCUGAUUGAUCCACCCUACAAAUAAAAAGUUACUUGGAGACCUGUGGAAUAUCACUAUACCUUGGAGUAUAAUUUAUCGGCUUGGUGGCUGGACAUUAGAAGAUAUUUCUUCAGUGCACAUGAAUGUACUCAUGAAUUCACAUUGGACUGGUGAUCAGAUACCUGUUCACCCGUGUAUAUAUUCUUUAUAUCAAUGGAAACUCCGUCCAUUUAUUUGGAAACUCCAGCAAGAGUCUAAUGAUUUGGGAGGUGUAGUUAUAUAUAUAUAAUUAUUUCUUAUUGGACAAAUAUGGUGCUAUGUGAUAUAAUUAUAUAUAAGAUGCUGAUGACUAGGGACUAGUAGAAUUUCAUCGGUACAUGUAGAAACCCCCAACUCUCUGUUAGAUUACAACUGGAAACAUAUAACAUACAUAAAAUUAUCUUAAGAUUUAUUUAUUUUUAUUACAGAUGAUGUUUUGUACACUAUAAUUAGCAUUUUGUAUCGACUUGAAUAUUUCUAAGUUCAUUGCAUAAUCUAUACGUACAGUGUAGACCCAGUUAUAUAAGCUGUUUAAAGGAAACCAUGAUGACUUGGAGACAUCCAAUUUGUUUGGUUGUAAGAAGAGUUUGUGAUGCACUGCUUAGGUAUUGUACUGAUUACUGUAAAGUAACAAAAUAUAUUGUUCCUUAGGUAUUGUACUGAUUACUGUAAAGUAACAAAAUAUAUUGUUCCUUAGGGAUUUAUACACAUUGGCUUUAUAAAUAAAUUAACCCCUCACAGGAUUCAUGCAUCUACCAGCAACGUGCAUUGUUAUACAAGUAGCCAUAUACAAAUGUAUAUGUAUAUACUGCUAACUAUUAAACAGGGGAAAUUCAUUGUUAGUCUUCACUGCAAGACAAUUUUUUAUCUAUAUUUGUAAUUGUUUUAUUUUAUUUUUAUGUGUGAAUGGGGGAUUUGUGCUGGAAGUAAAAAAGCUAAUUGGCAAUUUCUUUUAUAUUUGAAGAAUUAUAUUCAUUUCAGGAUCAGAAAGAGGCUUGUUGCCAGGCAGACAAAAAGUAGUAGUGUAAUCACCAUGAGGACCUCAUUACAUUCCCGUGAAAUGGCAGGCUAUUGUCAUUAGUGUUACUCGAGUUGAUUUCAAAAAUUUAAGUCAAUAAUUUUUAAUGAUGCCGUAGUAAUUGAAGUCUGACAGGUGCAAUUUUAAUGUCUAAACUUCAAAUUGCAUUAAACUAAAAGUUAUGAAAUUGACUUUAAUUUUCAAAUAUGGUGCUACACAGCCUUCACUGCUAUUAGCCGUCAUAUGCAUUUUCAAGGUCGGUGUCCAAGGUCAUGAAGGUAAUAUUGUGAAUGAAAAAGAUAUUCAGAAGAGUAUAUUUUACGAUUAUUUUAUGAUCCAUAAAUUAGCUUUGUCCUUUUUGUCCGUUUCUUAUUUUGUUAACAUAUGUUAUAUCCUGGUUCUGGAUCUGACAAUUUGUUAUAAACAAACUUUGUCAUAAGGCACUGAUGUUGAGAACAUGUAUCACAAAAUAUACAUUGCUUAGAUUGCAUUGCAUGAUUUUCUGUAAAUGUUCCCCACUGGCACUUUGAUGGUGUGUGGAGAAUCCAUUUCAGUAUCUAUAGACAAACUUCACUGUCUGUUCUGUAGUAUUUGGACCCUUUGUAGCCAUCGGAUGAACCAGUUAUAAAAACAUUUCUUACAAGUACUGGUUAUUCUCUACACAUUAGUAGACUGGUCACCCUCUCAGCUGAUGGUAAUCUGGAAUUAAACCUUUGGAAUAUUGAAUAUGAAAUAAUCCUUACCACUGCCCAUUGAUUCAUGACAGGAUAUAUAUAAAAUACUUAUGAAAUGUGCAAAUUAUUGUAAUUUAAAAUCAUUCCAUAAACUAUUGGUGCUUUUGUAUUUAACUAUUCAUUAUAAAUUAAAAACUCCUAACGCUCCGAUCCAUUUUUUUAUAGAUUAAAAGAAAAGAAGGAAAAUGCAAUCCUUGUUUUGUUCUGAUAUGUACUGUAUGGCCUAUAUUUAAAAAAUCUCAAAAUCGUUUAAGAAAUGAGAUUCAACUGGAGCCUAAAUGUUUUGCUGUUAUUGAUUUACUGAGCCUGGUAAAUCAAAACGGAUAUCACUGGAGCACACUGCAUGUAUAUCCCAUUUUGUACUGUACUAAAAUGAUACAGUAUACGUGUGUCAAAAGUGUAAAGUGUAUUUGAUGUCAUAAAUAAUAUGUUGAUACUUGAAACAAUUGUUUUUUUUUUCUUUUUGUUGCAUUGAACUUUAUACCUGUUAUAGUUAUAAUAAAAUAUUUAUGUUUUGAUUCGGAG